CCGUGUAGAAGCGCGCGCAGAGCAGUUGGCCCGCCAGCCCGCGGACCGCCAGCGUCGGCCGCGAAGCUCCGCGAAGUGGUUGCGAUCGCGCGCUCGUCUCGUCAGGCAGCUGUGUUAACCGCCGGCCACCCCGGGGCCGCUACCCCGAGGCCGCGCACCUGCACGCCGGCGUCGCCGACGAUGCCGAGCUGAUGAGUUCGCAGCCGCCUCUUCGACUGCCAUUUCCAGCGUUGCUGAUGCCACCGCCCUGCUGUUUCUGCGAACCCGCCGCGUUCUUGCGCACGUGACUUAAACCCCGCCCAUUCGUAAUUUCGGAAACAGCCGAAAACAAAAUUUACAUACGUCAGAGCAUCCGUUCAAAUUCGCCCUUCUCUCCCUAAACGUGAUAAAGAGUGUUCCGAAUUCGUCGGGUUUGAUCGGGCAGCCUCGGGCCGAACGCUGCAGGUAGUUUACCUCGCGCCCGCCAUGUGCUGCCACGCCAGCGAACCGCCGAGGGGAAGGAGCAUCACGCACAAAUAAAGGCGGUGGCCCCGGAGGAUGCCGGCGCGCAAGGGACUCUUGGCGCCUCAAAACACCUUCCUUGAUACCAUCGCCACACGCUUCGAUGGCACCCACAGCAAUUUUGUCCUGGGCAACGCUCAGGUGUCCAAUGUGCACCCGAUUGUCUACUGCUCCGAUGGAUUCUGCGAGCUCACCGGAUUCGCCCGCGCCCAGAUCAUGCAGAAGGGCUGCGCCUGCAAGUUUCUCUACGGCGCCGAGACCCGUGACGAGCACAAGCUGGCCAUCGACAAGGCUCUCGAGAACAAGACUGAGCUUAAGCUGGAGGUUAUUUUCUACAAAAAGAACGGCGUCCGCUUCUGGUGCCUGCUCGACAUCGUACCCAUCAAGAACGAGAAGAGGGAAGUGGUCCUGUUCCUGGCGAGCCACAAGGAUAUCACUCACUCCAAGGAAGGGCCGCAGCAGACCUCGGACGACGAGGACGACGACUAUGAGAACGAUGCCAACGGUAACCUGGACCCAGAGGCACCGCCGGCGAACUACGAGCGGAGAAGGUCGCGGGCCGUGCUGUACCAGCUGUCGGGGCACUACAAGCAGGACAAGAUCAAGUCCAAGAUCAAGCUCAACAACACCCUGCUACAGCCCAACAGCGCACCCUUGCCCGAGUACAAGACGUCGGCUCUCAAGAAGUCGCGCUUCGUCCUCUCGCACUACGGCGCCUUCAAGAGCUGCUGGGACUGGCUCAUCCUGCUCGCCACCUUCUACGUCGCCAUCAUCGUGCCUUACAACGCCUCCUUCGUCAAUCCGGACCGGCCGUCCAUGGUCAGCGACGUGGUGGUGGAGGCCUUGUUCAUGAUGGAUAUCGCUUUUAACUUCCGCACCACCUAUGUCUCUCGCAAAGGAGAGGUGGUCUCGCACCCCAAGUGCAUCGCCCUCAACUACCUCAAGGGCUGGUUCGUCGUGGACCUGCUUGCCGCCCUACCCUUCGACCUGCUCUACGCCUCGGACGUAUACAGUGGCGAGGAGUCGGGGCACGGCCAGAUCCAUCUCCUGAAGCUGACCCGCCUACUGCGUCUCGCCCGACUGCUGCAGAAGAUGGACCGCUACUCGCAGUACUCGGCUAUGAUCCUCACCAUGCUCAUGUUCUUCUUCACGCUCCUGGCGCACUGGCUGGCCUGCGUCUGGUUCGUCAUCGCCGAGCGUGAGCGCGCCAUGAACCGCAAAGAGUGGGACCUUGGGUGGAUCCACACGCUGGCGGACCGGCUCAAGCUGAGCGUGGCCAACGUCUCUCACUCCGAGUCGUACAUCACGGCGCUCUACUUCACGUGCUCGUCGCUGACGAGCGUCGGCUUCGGCAACGUCUCGGCCAACACGUACGCCGAGAAGACGUUCAGCAUCGUGACGAUGCUGGUCGGGGCGCUGAUGCACGCCGCCGUGUUCGGUAACGUGACGGCCAUCAUCCAGCGCAUGUACUCGCGCCGCUCGCUAUACCAGACCAAGUGGCGAGACCUCAAGGACUUCCUGGCACUGCACCAGGUGCCCAAGGAGCUCAAGCGCCGCAUGGAAGACUACUUCCAGACCAUGUGGUCGCUCAACCACGGCCUGGACAUCCACGAGACGCUCAAAGAGUUCCCCGAGGAGCUGCGCGGGGACGUCUGCCUGCACCUUCACCGGGAGAUCCUGCAGCUGCCCAUCUUCGAGACGGCCUCCCCCGGCUGCCUGAAACUUCUGUCCCUCCACAUCCGCUCCAACUUCUGCGCGCCCGGGGAGUAUCUCAUCCACCGCGGGGACGCGCUCGCCUACAUCUACUACCUGUGCCACGGCUCCAUGGAGGUGGUCCAGGACAACAUGGUCGUCGCCAUCCUGGGCAAAGGCGAUCUGGUCGGUAGCGACAUCAACGUGUUUCUGCAGCCCUCGAAUGGGGCGGCGGGGGGUGGCGUAUGGUUGAGCCUGACUUGUUUGACUGUUUCGAUCGUCCCGCCGAUAUUUAAACCUCCCGCCAUCCCGCCUGCCUGUCAGCAGGAGUCGGAGGGCAACGGCGGCCCGUCCCUCACGCUGCCGUCCAUCAGCGAGGACGACGAGAACCUCGGCGAGGAGGGCCCCGAGGAGCUGUCGCCGCUGUCGCCCAUGCACGCGCUGUACGCCUCCCCCGGCCGGCACGCCAAGUUCCAGUCCAGGCUGGACGAGCUGCGCUACGCGGAGGGGGGCCGGUCGCGGCGCGCGGGCGAGCGUCCCCGGGGCGUGGUGGGCGGCGCGGACGCGCGCUCCAGCGUCGAGCGGCUCGACAACCACGUCAGCAGCCUGCACCAGGACGUGGCCACCCUCAGCAUCGAGGUGCGCUCGGCGAUCCAGGCCCUGCAGGAGCUGGCCUCGAGCACGGCGGCGCGGCCGGUCUGCUACCCGCACUCGCUGCCCGCGCGCUCCAACCCCAACCUGCCGCACCAGCACGCGCACGCGCACGCCGCCAUGGGCAUCGGGCUGCCGGGGCAGCUGCACCGCUCCAGCUCGCACCCGCCCGACAUGUUCAGCUGGGAGGACGGCGUGCACCUGCCCGGCGUGCACGAGGCGCAGGCGGGCGCGGCGCACGCGGCCGUGCCGCCCGGCCACAUCCGCCCGCUGUCCCCGCCGCCCUUCCCGCCGCGCCCCAUGGCGGCCGCGCCCCUGCUGCACCCCGUGCCCCUGCAGGACCGCGCCACACAGACGGACUACCCCGCCGACCUGCUGGAGCAGUUCGUGCUGGAGAACCCCCAGCGAGUGCUGGCCCUGUUGGGCGUGGAGCCCGUGCCCAUGCUGCCCCGCGCGCUGCCCCCGGCGCUGCUGCCGCCGCCUCCGCCGCCGCGCCGCGCCCAGGACACGGAGCUGGUGUAUACCAAGCCCAGCGCCUACUCCGUUCGCCGCCUGGCGACCAGCGUGGACGAGCUGGCCAGGGCGGCCGGGCCGGCGGGCAGCAGCGGCGCCGGCAAGAGGGUGUCCAUGCCCUCGUCGCGAUCACUGCAGACCUUCUUCUUCCCCAAGAGGGACCCCUUUGAGCAGUGGAGCUGAGGGGAUGAUCUCGAGUGAUUGGUACGCGAUGUGAUUGAACUGUAGGUGUUAUAGCGAACUAUUGGUAUGACAAUUGACUUUCCAUUUAUUUUUCCUUCCCUCCUUUGUGGGCAGUACUUGAAGAAUGUGCGUUUGCGAACUGAUUUUGAAUUAAGAGUGAAACUUUGUGAUCCUUGGUUGUUGGAGAUAGAUCCAAACAACUAGACCUUACCUCUUGCCUUGUCUAGAAUUGAUGUCGUUGGUAAUAUAGGAGUAAGCAUGCUUUCUUUUGAAUUAUUUUCAAGGGCCAUGAGACUGUUCGCCUGUUCCCAAGAGAAAGAUUUUACUGGGAAGAUGUUCAUUCUGUGGCUAGAUGAGUACUGCUUCAUGCUUUGCAGUAACAACAUAAAAGCUAUGUGGACACAAUAAAUUUUGGUACGGAGAGUAAAAUCCACUGGGAAACAGAAAGUAUUAUUCAAAUAAUAUGGUUUUAGAGCAUGCGUUCAUUACUGAAAUCAAAUUUUGUAUCUGUGUCUAAUCUAAUUUCUACUCCUUCACGUGCAUUUAACUAUUCACAUAUCAUUCUGCAUACAUAGGAAAUCACAGUCCCAUGAAAAAUACUAUUGAUUAGUGGUUGAAUAAGAGUAAAGGAACAAAAAUGUUAGACUUAGGAUACAUAGUUGUACAACACUCCUACAGCAAUAGAAUUAUGUGAUUUGGUAUUCUGCCCUCUUGUGAUUUAAUCAAAAAAGAUUCAACAUUUUAUUUUGCAGCUUUGUUUGCUCAAAACGAACAUCACUAUGCACUGGUAAAUUUUCUAAUUUUUUAAAUGUAUUUUCAUUUUAAUCUAUGCUUUCUAUCGAGUAUUUGUUUCCAAUGAUGGUCGAUUUAGUGCAAUGCCAAGUCGUAUUCUAAGAUUUUGUGAUAUUGUUUCUUUGUUUUGAUAUUCCGUGCCUCAAAACUUGUUAUAUCUCUUGUUACCUGUCAAUAUAUUAUUCCAAGAAAUAAUUUGACUGCAUAAACAAUAUUUUUCUACUCUCUAAAUUUAUCUCAUUGUUAGAAUGUAUAUAUUUAUGUUGUGAAAUAAAUAAAAAUACAU